AUGGCAGCAGACUACAGCACCGCCCCGUCCAGCGCAGUCAAGAUCCCGGAACCAUUCCGCAUUGAAAUCCCAGAGCAGCAGCUUGGAGAGUUCAAGACGCUGCUGAGAUUGUCGAAGAUCCCCAUGCCAACAUACGAGAGUACGCAGGAAGAUGGAAGAUUUGGAAUUAGCCAUAAAUGGAUGAUGGAGGCGAAGAGGUUUUGGGAGGAGGAGUUCGAUUGGCGGAAGAGCGAAGAUUACAUCAACUCCUUCCCCAACUUUAUUGCAACUGUCCAUCUGCCUGUCAAGAAAGAGCUAUCCAAAGUGCAUUUCGUCGCUCUAUUCUCUCACAAGCCCGAUGCUGUUCCGAUCGCUCUAUUCCAUGGCUGGCCAGGGAGCUUCCUCGAAUUCCUCCCCCUCCUCACUCUAAUGAAGGAGAAAUAUACACCCCAAACCCUCCCCUAUCAUUUGAUCGUCCCCUCGUUGCCAGGCUAUGCCUUCUCCUCCCCACCACCAUUAACCCGCGAUUUCAAUUGUACUGAUGUUUCCAACAUCAUGAACCAACUCAUGCUGGAUCUUGGAUUUGGGCCGUCAGGCUAUCUGGCCCAGGGAGGUGAUCUUGGGAGCUUUGUGGCGAGAGGUUUGAGCACGGAGCAUGAGGCGUGUAAAGCAAUCCACGUAAAUUUCUACAUAGCACCUACCCUUACCACAGCCCCCGAAGGAAUCCCCUCUGAACCCCCGCUUUCUGAUAAGGAGCAAGCAGGUCUUCAGCGGGGCACGGAAUUCCUGAAAACAGGAGCAGCAUAUUCGAUGGAGCACGGUACAAGACCUAGUACAAUCGGAAUCGUGCUGGGUUCCAGCCCGCUCGCAUUAUUGGGGUGGAUAGGGGAAAAGCUCCUGUCAUGGACAGAUGUGCCGCUGUCUAUGGACGAGAUUUUGCGUUCUGUGACCUUGUAUUGGUUUACAGAGUCGAUGGGGAGGGGGAUUUAUCAGUAUCGGACUUUGGCCAUGAAAACGAACACUCCAUACCUGACAAAACCCGUUGGUUAUUCGUACUUUCCCGGGGAGAUCGUUCCCACGCCAACGGCUUGGGUAAAAUACUCGUUGGGCAAUGUAGUGUUUCAUAGGGAGCAUGACAAGAAUAAUAAAAGCCCCCUCCUGCCGCAGUUUUGGUCAUGUCAUAUUCUUAAUGGAUGGCUAAUCAUAGCUACCAUUUGCGUUCUCUGCGGCUCUUUCCAGGGAGGGCAUUUCGCUGCAUGGGAACUGCCAGAAUUGUUUAUGGAAGAUGUGGAGAAGUUUGUUUCGGUCGCUUGGAAAUAA